AUGUUAGCAUUUUUGUAUCAAUGUUUUUUGGGUUUUGUUAAUGCUGUAGGUGUAGGCAAGAGUUCAUGGCCGGAGUUAGUGGGGCAAAACGGUAAUUUUGCUGAGGCAGUGAUAGAGCGGGAGAACCCAAACGUGGACGCAAUUGUGGUUUUAGAUGGAAGUUAUGGGACCACGGAUUUCAGGUGUGAUCGUGUACGUGUUCCUGUUAAUCAAUCGGGCAUCGUGGUUCCGCUCGAGAUUGAGCUCGAACUCGAGUACCAUGAGCUUGAUCUCGGUUCGGCUCGAUUCAUUUACAACCCUACUUCAAAUGAUCGUACUAUGGAUUGA